AUGGCUUUAGAGGCCUUGCUUCUCCUUGCUGCUUUGAUGUGGCCUUGUGCUGAAAACAUGUAUGUGAAAAUACUUUGUUCUCUGGACUGGAUCAUGAUCCAAGUUGUCCCAAGUACACACAGCGGAUAUCGCUAUAUAUUCCAUGAUGAAUUACACCUGGGAAUGAACUGUCCCGUGACUCGGAUACAAACAUAUGUGUAUGACUUUGUAUAUCGUGUUAAUGACUGUGGUAUCAGGACACAGGUUGUUUCAGAGGAUACUAUCCUUUUCCAAACUGAGUUGUAUUAUAACCCAAGGGAUCUAGGUCACAACUGUCACAAAAUCCCUCUGGAAUGUUCUACCACCAGGAAAUCAGUGUGGCUUACACCAGUUUCUACAGAUGAAGUAACGUUGCCUCCCAGUCCCUUUAUUGCUGACUUUCAGACAAUACCAGAAGAGUUAGGAUUAUUAAGUAAUUCUCCCAGUGUAUUGUGA